AUGUUCACUUUUGCUCAAUUCCUCGACGCGUUCAAUAAUUCGGCUCUAUUACCAGCAAUUCCCCAGAUUUCGUCCAAGCUGGACUUUGUCUUGACCGAAACUGUCUGGAUCAUCAGCGCGUAUCAGCUAACAUUUGCUGCAUUUCUCCUCGUUAGCGGGCGAAUAGCAGACGUGUUCACUCCAAAACCCGCCUUUAUCACUGGAUGUCUUGUACUUGGAAUCACCCAUCUCAUCGGUGGAUUCGCUCAUCAAAAGAUUGCCAUCCUUGUCCUCCGUGCGCUCGGAGGAAUUGGAGGUGCACUCACCAUCCCGUCCGCCCUCUCCCUCAUCGUCCAGCUCUUCCCGGAUCCUGAACCUCAAGCACGUGCGAUAUCGCUAUUUGGGAGCGCUGGUGCGAUAGGGAAUAUAUCCGGAAUCCUGAUCGGUGCAGUGCUCGUGCAGUACGCUGGUUGGCCGUGGAUAUUCUGGUUUGUUGCCAUUGUUGGCGUCGGGAUCGCAAUUAUCUGCUUUUUCCUUAUCCCAAAAGCCAACAAUGAUGCACGGAAGAAGGUCAAUUUCGACGCUAUUGGCGUCAGCAUUCUGACUUCGGCCGUUAUUUUGUUUAUCUUUGCCGUCACGUCUGGUUCGACGCAAGGUUGGCCGACUGCCUACGUCCUCGCGCCGCUCGCCAUCUCCCUCGUCCUCCUCGCUAUCUUCUUCCUUUGGGAAUCCCGGAUCCCACCCGACGACGCUGUGCUACCACCACGAAUCUGGUCCUAUUCAAACUUCACCGUUCUUGCCACCUUGUCGCUCCUGCCGUUCUUCUGGUGGGUGACUUCGUUUGUCCUCCUCACACAGUGGUGGCAAGAUGUCUACGGCUGGACAGCAAUCUCGACCGCAGUACAUUUCCUUCCAUUCGGGAUCGGCGCAUGGCUGAUUAGUUUCGUCAUCGGCAAGCUACCAAACUAUUUCUCCUACAAGCAAAUCCUCCUCACCGGUCUCACACUCGCUGGGAUUCGCCUUUCCGGCGUUUUUAUAGGGACGGUUGGGAUGCAGAUUGUCUUCUCUACUGCAUCUAUCGCAAUCUUUGCAUACACUCCUCCAAAUGUUGCGGGGACUGUCGGCGCCGUCUUCAAUUGCGCGCUCCAGCUUGGUUCCGCCGUUGGUUUAGCAGCGGUGUCGAGUAUCUCUACAUCGAUUGACCAGCGCGCACAUUUCGAUAUUCCGUUGGAGGAGUGGAGGACGCGGAUGGUAGAAAUCACGAAUGCAAUGUGGAAACGUGCGUAUGCCGGCAAAGCCGCAUCGUAUUGGUUCCUUUUGGGGAUCAUUGCCAUCCAAUUUGUGUCAGUCUUGAUUUUCUUCAAGACUGUGCCGUCGAGAAAAACAGAAGAAAUAAAGAGGGUCGAUAUUGAGUCGGCAUAG